UCGCUACUCUCCACUAUUGCACCAGCCUAGAACGCUGUUGGCACAAAUUUGCAACCACAGACCAUUCCCUUGCACCAAUCCCAUCUCAGCUCCUCAACUGGGGAUAUCACAACUCCAGCAACCAAGAACACAGCCUUCUCCAAUUCCGGCGACCACCACGGGCGAAUUACACGAAGCUCAUCUAUUACAGCCUCGUGGUGGUCUGGAAGAUCUGUCCCUGUAUAAGUGAAGGAUUGUUCCUCCACACGUCUCUCGUCGUUCCGAAGAUGGAUGGGCCACUAGCGAGUGCUUCAACUGGGGUGAUGAACUCCCUGCUCGCCAAGCUCUCUGCGUUAGUUGAGGGGCGGUACGACCUCCUUGGAGGUAUGAAGUGUGAUAUCACUUUCUUGAGGGAUGAGCUUAGCAGCAUGAAUGCCCUGCUUGAGAAACUCGCAACAGCGGAGAAGCUCGACACACAGGCCAAGGUUUGGAGGGACAAUAUACGCGAGCUGAGCUACGACAUUGAGGAUUGCAUUGACAUCUUCAUGCACAAGCUGAAUCGUGGUGACCCUCAGGCAGGUUUCGCAAACAAGAUAAUUGAUAAGAUUAAGAAGCUAUGGUCACGCUACCAGAUAUCAAACCAGAUUCAAGAACUCAAGGCUCGAGUGGUUGAGGAGAGUGAGCGCCGGUUGAGGUACAAGUAUGAUGAGUCUAUUCCCAUUGUGGGCAAGAUUAAGAUUGAUCCGAGAUUGCCGGCGCUCUAUGUGGAAGCAGAGAAACUUGUUGGUUUCGAUGGUCCUAUACAAAAGGUCAUCGAUUUGUUGAUGAAGGACGACAAGACUCAACAACUUAAAGUGGUGUCUAUUGUGGGGUUUGUAGGCCUUGGAAAAACAACUCUUGCAAACCAAGUAUAUCAUAAGAUCAAAGGCCAAUUUGAUUGCACAGCUUUUGUUUCAGUUUCACGGAGUCCUAUCAUAAAGAAGAUAUUGCGUGAUCUGCUUACAGAACUAGGGAGUAACACUGAUGCAUCAGAUGAUGAGCGGCAACUCAUAAAUGAGCUCAGAGAAUACCUGCAAGAUAAAAGGUACUUAAUCAUUGUUGAUGAUAUUUGGAGCACAAUCGCAUGGGAGUUUGUCCAGUCUGCUUUACCUGAGAGUAACUUGCGCAGCAGAAUAAUUACUACUACAAGACAUUCUGAUGUAGCCAAAUCAUGCUGUUCAAGUUAUGAAGGAUAUAUUCACAACAUUCAACCUCUCAGUGACCAGGACUCCAAAAUGUUGUUUAAUAAAAGAGUCUUUCUAAGUGAGCGCCCCUGCCCACCUCACCUAGAAGAAGUUUCUCUGGCAAUCAUACAAAAGUGCCAUGGUUUGCCACUAGCAAUAAAUACAAUAGCUAGUUUGCUAGCUAACAAAUCUGAUGCAAUAGACCAAUGGGAGCAAGUAAGAGAUUCUAUGGUUUCUGGACAUAAUUCACAUUUAGUUCAAGACAUACUUUUGCUUAGCUAUUAUGAUCUUCCAUACCAUCUGACGUCUUGCUUCUUAUAUCUUAGUAUAUUUCCAGAGGACUGCAAGAUUAGUAAAGAAAAGUUAAUAUGGAGAUGGAUAGCUGAGGGAUUUAUCCCAGAUGUAAUAGGACAAACAUUGGAUCAAAUAGGAGAUAACUACUUUAAUGAUCUUAUCAACAGAAGCUUGAUACAACCUAUUGACAUAAUGUAUGAUGGCACGGCCAGAGCCUGUCGAAUCCAUGAUAUGGUGCUAGAUCUUAUUAUUUCACUGUGCACAGAGCAGAACUUUGUCACAGUAGUAGAUGAGCAAGUGUAUAAAUGGUCGACUAACAAGAUUCGCCGGCUCUCUCUCCUAUCCAGCUUUUUGGAGAAUGAUGUACUGCAGGAGAUUAUGAACAAGUGCUCACAGGUUCGUUCGCUUAUUAGGUUCCACGUGGUAGAUAAGGAAGCGCCUCAUCUGCCAAUAUUUCAUUCUUUAAGAGUAUUGGUUUUACGAUGUAAUUGUAACCUGGGUAAUCAUCAUAUCAAACAUAUUGGAAGCUCUUUGCAAUUGAAGUAUUUGGAAAUCGGUUGUCCUAGUAUUACUGAGCUUCCUGAGAAAAUCGGAGACCUGCAAUAUUUACAAACAUUGGACAUACAAGGCAGCAAAAUUGAAAAAUUACCACCAACCAUAGGUAAUUUGAAACAUUUGGUGCGUCUACUUGUUGAUUUUAAUAUAGAACUGCCAGAUGAGAUUGGAGAUCUGCAAGCAUUACGCAUGUUGUCACAUGCUUUCUCCUACGACUCUGUGAAAUUUUUGGAGCAGCUCAGACGAUUGAUCAACCUAAGGGUCCUUCUCAUAAGACUACAUGACAGCAAUGAACUUGGUUAUCAUGGCAAGGCGAAGUACCAGUAAGCUUUAGAGUCAUCUCUCACUGUAUUGGGUAGACAUGGUCUACAGUCACUCGAGAUUGACAGUAAUGAUUACUCGACAAGUAAAUUGAUGGAUCUAUUGUGCUGUGAUGCUCCAUUUCUCCGAAAGCUGUGCAAUAAGAGUUACAUCAGUAGGCUUCCACAGGGAAUGCAGUCUCUUGUGAAUCUUGCCCACCUUGACAUCCGUAUUACCUGCAUUAAACAGGAAGACCUCUGCAUCCUUGGUGCCAUUCCAACGCUGCUCUAUGUCAUGCUGACUUCAUUGGAAGCACCUACUGAAAGGCUUAGCAUCGGCCGAUAGCAGUUCUAUUACCUUAAGGAGUUUAUUUUUACGUCCUAUGGUGAAGGUGGGCUGAGGAUUGUGGCUGAACAGGAAGCUAUGCCAAAGGUUAGAAGUUUACAUCUUAGUUUUAGAGCAAAGGAAACAGAAUCCAAGAUAGGUUUUGAGUUCAGCUUCGUGCACCUUGCGAACCUGGAGCACCUCCGUGCCACCAUUGAUUGUUACAUGGCCAGUAGAAGCAGAGUGGAGGCUGCAGAGGCUGCUAUCAGGAACACAGCCAGCAUCCACUCGGGACAUCCUACACUGCAAAUUGAGAGGUAUAGGGAGUACGAAAUGGAGGAUGAGAAUGCUAAGGAACUGAGGCUGCAAGAUAAUAUACACAAGGAGUUCGUUCGGCAAGAGCACUCAGGAAAACGUAAGUGUUGUGAGGGCCUACUGCCAUACUAGUGCCCUACUGUAUGAAACAAUUUUUUUUUUAAUCAUAGACUUUCAUCACCGUUUUGUUCCAUUUCCUCACUCUGUUUUCCUUUUCGUGUUUGCUUUUGAGCUAGAAAUCUAUCAAGUUUGGGUAAUCCAUGAUCAUGUUUGUAACAUUCAGAACACACAGAUCAAUUUGCAGCUAUUUGCAUUUGCACUUGAU